GCAAUUUGAAAUUCAGCGAAUGCUGCUUACUCUUCACAACAAUCUGCCAAAUUAUAAAUCAGGAAGCUGAGAGACACACUGCUGUGGAGGGUAAUCGCUAAGAAGCAACCCUUCCAGACCCAAGCUGCUCUCUUCUCACCACAAACCACACUGCUGAAGCCUUCUAGGCUCCCAGGAGGUACACCCACUGAGACAGAUGAUGCCCAAGGAGGAGCAUGAGGUGGCUACGCUGGGGGGACCCCAUCGCUCAGCUCCUGAGACUACCACUGUGAUCAACAUCCACAGCGACACUGCUGUGCCUGACCAUGUGGUCUGGUCCCUCUUCAACACAAUCUUCAUGAACAUAUGCUGCCUGGGCUUCAUAGCCUUUGCCUUCUCCAUAAAGUCUAGGGACAGGAAGAUGGUGCAUGACAUGAUCGGGGCCCAGAGCUACGCCUCCACUGCCAAGUGCCUGAACAUCAGCACCCUGGUCUUGAGCAUCGCCACGAUCAUUAUCUUCAUCAUAUUGUAUGCUACCACCGCCAUAGCAAUCACCCGAAACUUGUAUUAGUUGAAAACAGAUUCUCAGGGUUACUAGUUCUGUUGUGUUUUCCCCUUCAGAGCUGCCCUGAUCCUGGGCUAGGGCCUGCCCUGUGCCCCACUCUGUGACCAACAUCCACAAUUGGAAUCAAUAAAGUGUAUAUGUUCCUAUUA